AUUUGAGUAGGUCGUGGUCGUGGGACUGUGAGCGAACAAGAGAGGGAGAACACGCCUUGCUAAUCACGUGGUGCACGGGUUUGCGGCAAUUACGGUUCAUUCUAGUCCUUCAAGUGCAGAACUUUGCUCGUUAAGCUAAGGCAAAGUGAGACGAACCUAGAAUGGGUAUUGUAAAAUUUCCAAAGAAAGUAUCCGCUGGAUUUCACACUGACCUUAAUAUGCUCUUACGAAAUUUUAUGUCAGAGGAAAGUCUACGAUACAAUACGUUCUCCAAAGUCUGGCGGGAGGCGAAGUUCUCCUUGGUGUUUUGUGGCCGGAAGGACCGGGAACUUCGUCUCUUCUUCGAAGAAAUAGUUCCCAUCAUACUGCAGUUAUGGCUUCCCACUUGCUCAUUCCGAGAGAGAGUGUUUGGUCUUUACAUGCUUUAUGCGGUCUACACCAUGCAGCCGACGGUGCCGAAAUUGAAGAUAAGACUCAGGCUGAUGGACUGGGAGCAAUCGGAGGUGCUCUUGCGGAUAGCCAGCAGAGAGCAGCACUUGGAUGCUUGCUAUCUCCUCUACAGAAUGCGCCUGGAGAAGUGCUUUCACUUCGUUGCUCUCUUGAGACAGAGGAGCCCUGUGAUGUACUAUGGUCAAGAGGAAGAUGUCAGUACACUUGCAGCCGCGAGCGCCAACGUGUUUUCUCCACUGGAGAGGAUGACUAGAUGUGGCACACUCCAGCAACUGUCGCUGAUUCAUCGGCAGUACAUAGCAAUGAAAUCCCUUCAAGAAAACCCUGAAGUGAAAAAUAUGGCCCUCGUCAAAGAAAAUAUCUAUGAAGGCGUGUGCAAGGAAAUUGCUUUGCUUCAAGCCAAGUAUCGAGAUUUGGAAAAGCAGGCUGAAGAUGCAAAUGAGGAGGCCCGAAAAAGCUCCAUCAAGGGGGAAAGCAUGGCUGCAAGGCGUCAAAGACUACGAACACAGCAGUUCAGCACAGUGACCAAAACUCGCAAGGGAAAGCGCUUCGAAGAACUCGUGCACGACGACUCAUCCACAAGCGGAUGCGAUGAAGAAAGCAUUGUAGAGUUUGCAGAAAGCACCAGCCCCGCUUCAAAGCGUGCGAAAAAGCGAUUGGUGUCAAGAAAAAAGUUGCAGGCAUUGAAGUCGGCUAGUGCUGCCAAAGGUGACAAGAAACCAGAGAGAGGAUGCAAAAACUCGAAGCAGUGAGAAUGCUUUGUAUAGAAGUGUCGCUUGAAAGUGACAAAAUUAUUUAUUUUCUUCCCUCAAGUCUGUCUUCAGGGAAAUGUGGCCACUGGCUACCCGUUUCUUUUUGUUCGUUAAAACCAGUGGUGAAAGCUUUAGUGCAGAACGCUAUAAUGAUUUGUAUAAAAUGUAAUGGACAAACUUGGAUUCUUUAAUGGAUCUGCUCCACUGUCUUGAUAGUUUAUUCAUUGCCGCUCGCAUUAGUGUACUACAUUUGGCGUGCACAGUUUCUACUGCAUUUAUUAAUUUCAUCAGUUCAGAGUUAUGCGGCAAAGUAUGCAUAUGCACCUUUAAUAGCUUGUUUUUGAUGUCGGAGGUUAUGCCUUCUGCCUAUGUAUCUCAUUGUUCCUAGUCAAAAGCACUGUUAGUGCGAAUAGUUAGUGCAAAAGCAUUGGAUGUUGCCAUGACAUUUUAUCUUAGUUUGCAUUUUCUUUUUCCUGCAAGCAUACAAGUUCAUGCACGUUCAUACAUUAAAACCUCUGCUGCUACAUGGCUGCGUGUAUUACUUGGUGAUAGUUUUCUCUCUUUUUUUGUGUGUGUGUGCAUGCAUAUUUUUAAUGCUUUCAGUGACUUUUAUGCAAACAUGCUUUCAUUGAAAUUAUUGCAUGCAACAAAGCUUUUUUUGUUGCUAGGCAUUGCUAGGCACAGUGCAGAAUAUGUGAACUUGUGCUAAAUAACAUCGUUAUCAUCAAGCCUUUUCUUCGGAGUGGUUUUGACAUACGAAAGCCAGCAGCUUUUUAUACGUCGCAAGCUUCAAAUGGGACUUCAAAAAGCAAAAGAGAUGGCACGUCCAGUGUCAAUUACAAUAAAAUAUGCAGUAGCUUCCAUAAACAUCUUACAGUUGUAAGGAAAAGGCAGCAGCUGCUCAUUUAGUAGGACAGCCGAAGUGCAGGUGGAGGAAUUGACUAGCCAGGGAUUUGCAUGAUGUGUGAAUGAAAUCGGAUAAGAUGGUCUCGUGGUACGUGAUAAAGGCUAGCCACAUUACAUCAAGCAAAAAAUUAUGCCCUCAUGCAAAAAACGGGAAAGUUACGUGGUUCUUAUUUAAGGCACUGUAAGACUUUUUUUGUAGAAGAAAGCAAAUUAUCUUUUGAGUCUGAACAAAGUGUCAAAUUCUUGCACUGGCACUGCAGUUGUGGAGCACCAUCACUGAAGCAGGCAGAAUACUUCAUCAAACCAGUGACGGUGAAUCAUGAAUAAACUUUAUUGUACGAA